CAUACGUAUUUAAGUUUCAAGGUAUCAAAUUGUUGAUCAAAUUUCUGUUUGUUUCGAGUUUUUAAAAUUGUUUCAGUAUUCUUGCGACGUCCCGCCCAAAGUUGAGGACAACUGUUGGAGCUGUUGUGUUCGAUAGUUUUGAUGUAUACCCGAAGUCGGCAAUGUCGAUAUGGCUAUCUGGUGUUCCCCGAAUUGGCAAACCCAAUGUCGCAAUCUGUUACCUGAUGCUCCUGCUGGCCCUCACUCUACGUGCUGAGGCUGUGAAGACCAUGUACUACGACAGUCCCCGGUUGCCAACGUCGCUGGUGCCCUUUCACUACGAAUUGAACUUGACAACCCACCUGGAGAACUCGUACACGACCAACUUCGCCUACGAGGGCACUGUGAACAUAUCCUUCUUUGUCCACAAGUCCACAGAUGUGGUGGUGCUCCACGCCAAUGAACUCAGCAUUAAACUGUCCAAAACUGAGCUUCAGGAAUGGUACUCGCUGCAAAAAUACCCCAUUCUGGAGUUCAACUUCAACAGAAAGCUGGACUAUCUCAUAAUGAAGGCAGAGAGGUUCCUGAAGCAGGGUAGGCACUACAGUCUGAGUAUCGAGUUCGGACGACCAAUGUCCGAGAGCAAAAGAGAGGGCUACUUUUUGGCCUACUCCACGGAUGUGAUGUCCCAGCAAAAGAGCUGGUACUCCCUCACCCACUUUGAACCUCGCUCCAUGAGGUACACCAUGCCCUGCUUCGACGAGCCCGCCCUGAAGGCCACCUUCAAUGUGACCCUGGGCCACCACAAGCGCUUCCAGAGCUUCAGCAACAUGAAAGUUAUAUCAGUGUUGGCCCACAAUGAAAUGAAGGACUACGUGUGGUCGGUUCACGAGACGACGCCACUGAUGUCGAACUAUUUGCUGGCCUUCUCCAUCAACAACUUUACCUGCACUUUCAGCCAGACUGGCGGCCCGAGUCCCGUCCUGUUCCGCACCUGCGCCAGGUCCAGCGACCUCCUACUCACAUCCUUUGCCUCCCAAACGGCUCCUCUGUUCCUCGAAUACUUUGAGGAACUGCUCGAGAUGGAGCUCCCCUUGAGCAAAAUCGAUCAGUUGGCGGUGGAAAACUAUCACACCGAUGCCAUGGAGAACUGGGGCCUAGUGGUCUACUCCAGCGAGUUGAUACUGCAAACCGACGAGUCUGACCACUCGGAGCCGUCUCGUAUCAGGCUGCAGGCCCUUCAGGCAAUCUCCCAUGAAAUGGCUCACAUGUGGUUCGGCAACCUGAUCACCGUCGCCUGGUGGUCAGAUGUCUGGCUGAAGGAGGGCCUCACCGGCUACUUUGAAGUGCUGGGCAUUGAGCAUCUGUAUCCGAGACUUGGUCGCAGGAUUCUGGCCAAGUAUCGCGAAAUGACCCUGAUGCACGAGACGGAGAGCGGUGGCAUCUUCAUAUCCACCAGGGAUACACAGGCGAACGCCUCCAAGCCAUACGUGUACCAGAAGGCGACGUCCGUGCUGCACAUGGCGGAGGGCAUGGUGGGAAAUGCGACCUUCCACAAUGGCAUCCAUCGGUACCUGUACCAGUACGCAUUCGCAAGCAGCACCGCGGAUCAGUUCCUGUAUAGCAUUCAGGAGGGCAGUGACCGGGCCAACUCCCUGCCCGAGUUCGCUGACGUCAAGGCCAUCAUGGACACGUGGAUCCUGCAGAACGGCUAUCCGGUGCUGAAUGUGAUAAGGAAUACCAGCCUGGUGCUCAUCCAGAACCACUUCUCCUUCAACGAGUCCCGCAAGGAGAGCUGGUGGAUUCCCCUGACAUACACCACCCAGAGCGAGCGCAACUUCAGCGACACCAGACCGAAGGCCUUCCUUCCGGCCAACAGUCCGCCGUUCAACCUGUACGUCUUCGUUCCCGAGCACGACUGGAUCAUCUUCAACAUCCAGGCCAUGGGCUACUACAGGGUUAACUACGACGAGAUGAACUGGAACCUGAUUGCCGAAGCUCUGUCGAAGGACCACCAAAGCAUUCACGUGCUGAAUCGGGCUCAGAUUGUGAGCGAUGCUCUGUUUCUGUGGAACAACAAGCGGAUCAGUUGGUCGACCGCGCUGAAUGUCCUCAAGUACAUCGUCGACGAGGACGAGUUCGAGCCGCUGAUGGCAUUGGUCGUGGGAGUGACCAACGGCUUCUGGGGCGUGUCGCCGGAGAGUUCCAUGGACAUAGCGAAAUGGCUGAGCAAUGCUGGAAAGUGGUACGCAGAGUUCAUCAAUUACACGUUCGACCAGUUGGUGUUCAUCGGGAAUAAUCUGGAGUCCGCACCCCCGGAAGAAGACUAACCACAGGCAACGGGAGACCAUUCAGGAACCGCAGAAUAAUGGGCAUGGCCAGCCAUCCCAUCCGCCUCCCAUUCUGCUGCUCCGCCGCAUCUCUUUGUUGGGGUGAUGGAGAGAGGGGGCGAAAUGAAACCGCCAUCAAUGAACCGCAAUUGUAUUUGUUUGCAAAUAACUGAGCGUUAUCUGAGACUAUUUAUCUUUAUCUACAAUAACAAAAACAGCAACAAGAACACAAGCCAGGCAAGGCAGGGCAAGGCCAGGGCAACAGCAGUGGCUCGUGCUUCUGCUCUUGCUGCAGAACAAUGGCAAAGGACACCGCCACAGUAGCCAGAAAGGAGGAGGCGGCAAGGAGCUCUUUUACAGCCCUGGGAGUGCCAAGGCGCCAACUGAAAUAAUGAUGCAGGCGAAAUAACAAUAAAAGCGGAGCUCGCAGGAGUGGAACCGAAGAUGGGAGACCAAAAGUAAAGGACAAUAUCGAUGCUCCUUUUCCGCAUAACGGCCGGCGGUAAAGACAAUGCCAGACCCCUAACACUGCAGACAGGAUGCGGAUGCAAUGGACUCCACUCCACUCCACUCUGCUCCACUCCACUCCACUUCCCUAUCUCACCAGCUCCAGCCACUUGGUCGAAUGGUCGACAGCCUUAAGUGCAACGCGAGGACAGCUUUAAGGCCGCCUUAAGACCCAAACCCAAAAACUUCCCUGAAUGUAUUCACAUGUUUCGAUUCGUUCGCCCACUUUCCCAUGUUGCUCUGCAACAGUUUAAUAAUAAUAAGCCAAGAAAAGGAAAAGGAAUAAGCAAAGCAUGUUUUACGCAUAAUGAAAUUUAACCCACAGCCAGGGGGAAGGCCAGCGCUCGGUCGGAAGUUGAAUCCGCCUAAAACCAUGCAAAUUAAAUUUA